CUGGACGCGAAGCUUGGGUUGUUGCAAGGGAGAAAUUUUCCUUCUGCUGGGAGUGAUUAACUGUGUAUUGCCCCAUGCAUGUCCUUUCAAGAUGAGACUCAGAGGACAUGCAAGGCACCUAGCUUUUCUCUGCAUAUUGACGUAAAAGAGGCAACAUCAUCAUCUCUUAAAGGAAUUUUCAUCUCAAAUUCUUGAAAAGGUAAUUUACUUCUGAAAGACGGUGGAAAUUUCAGGGGUUCACACUGUAGUUCACUAGGAGGAAAGUAAGUGUGGCAAAGACUCACCCAUGUUUAGUGCAUUAGAAAGUCUCCCUUCGUGAGGCUAUGGUAACGAUUAUAAAUACACAAUUAAUGCUUGUAUCUUGAGAUGUCAGACAAGCAUAUAUACUUCACCAGUUUUGGUUGUGCCUUUAUCUUUGUCUGAAUACUUGUGCUUCUUCGUCUUGAAUUGAUCAUGACUCUAACUAACAUGGUUGGAGUAAGGUGCUGCUUCAAACUCCUCUAUGCAAUUGUGGUGCUGAUUUUACUACACAUGAACAAUCCUUGCAUUGGAUGCAGCGAGAGGGAAAGGCAAGCACUCCUUGCACUUAAACAAGGUCUCGUGGGUGACUUCAGCGAUCGCCUCCUUUCCUGGGAAGGAGAAGAUUGCUGCAAAUGGGAUUGGGUCCACUGCAGCAAACAAACUGGCCAUGUUGUUCAGCUUUAUCUUGAAGAACAAUCUUCGCAAGGUAAGAUUAGUCCUAACCUCAUUGAGUUGCAGCAUUUGCAAUAUUUAAGCUUUAGUGGGAAUAAUUUAAGUCGGAGCCAAAUUCCUUGGAUCUCUGAGCAAUUUAAUAUACCUCGAUCUCUCUAUUGCAAAUUUUGGAGGUUUAAUUCCAUAUCAACUUGGAAACCUUAGAAACUUGCUAAACUAAAUCCCGUUAAUCUCAGUGAUGUUGUUGGUUGGCUGGAAGCAGUUAAUAUGCUUCCUAAACUAACAAACUUGAUGUUAUCUAUGUGUAAUCUUCCUCCUCCAGUUAUAUCCUCUGUUUCUCUCUUGAAUUCUUCUAAAUCUCUUGUUUAUGUCCAUCUCUCCGAAAACAAUCUUAACUCAUCAGUCUUCCAAUGGUUGCCCGGUACUUAUACCAACCUUGUUUAUCUUGAUCUCUCGGAAAAUAAAUUGGGUGGAAGAAUACCUGAAAGUAUUGGACAGAUGUCCAAUCUGGAGGUUAUCUAUUUGAGAAUGAAUUCUCUUGAAGGAGUAAUUUCAGAAACUCAUUUCUCGAAACUCUCCAAAUUAAGGAUUUUGCAUUUAUCCUCUAACUCACUAGUUUUAAACUUCAGUUUUGAUUGGGUUCCUCCCUUUCAAUUGCUUGAGAUAAGAUUGGGGUCUUGUAAGAUGGGACCGUAUUUCCCGAAAUGGCUUCAAACUCAGAGAAGUUAUUACCGGCUGGAUAUUUCUGAUGCUGGAAUUUCUGAUACCAUUCCAACUUGGCUUGGUGUGGUUUGCGAAAUGAAGUCGAGUAUAUGGAUUUGUCCCACAAUCAACUCAGAGGAAAUUUGAGAUCAGAGUUAGCAGUUAAUUUAAAUGUGAGUUGGAACCAAUUGGAGGGUCCGAUCCGAUCACUCCCUUCAAUCCGAUCACUCUCUUUAAUCCCAACAGGAGGAGGAUCAUUUCUAGAUCUCUCCAAUAAUAAAUUUUCAGGAUCAGCGUCAUUUUUGUGUACAACCGAGGUGAGUUAUUUAACCUAUCUUGAUCUCUCAAGCAACCAUGUAUCCGGAGAACUUCCAGAUUGUUGGAUCCAUUUUCAACAAUUAGUCUUUCUUGAUUUGAGCAACAACUCUUUAUCUGGGAAAAUUCCUACCACGAUGGGAUACUUGUUUCGUAUGGAGACACUAAGACUAAAUAAUAACAGAUUUGUCGGAGAGUUGCCUUCACAAUUGAAGAAUUGCACAAAGUUGACACUUGUUGAUGUCGGGGAAAAUAAAUUAUCAGGAUUAAUACCUGAAUGGCUAGGGGAAAAUCUGCUAAAUUUGUCUAUCAUUAUCCUUCGAUCUAAUCAGUUCUAUAGGAGCAUCCCGCCACAAUUAUGCCAUCUUACACAACUUCAAAUUUUGGAUUUGUCAAUGAACAACAUCACUGGAAUUAUACCCAAAUGUCUCAACAAUUGGACUACUUCGGCUCAAAAUGGACAUUCAAGUCCAAGUAUCUUACAUUACAAUAGAAUUCAAUCGGAAGUAUUUUCCUUGGAGUUGCCUUAUGAGUAUGAAGCAUCUUUGACAUGGAAAGGAGUAAAGUCAAAAUACAAAAGUAUUCUGGGACUUGUAAAGAGUAUUGAUCUCGCAUGCAAUAAGUUGAGUGGGGAGAUUCCUAUUGAAAUCACUUAUCUUGUUGGUUUGGUUUCUUUAAACUUGUCGAGAAACCGAUUAACAGGUCAAAUACCUUCAAGGAUUGGGAAUUUGCAAAAGUUAGAUUCUCUUGAUUUAUCAAGAAACCAGAUAAAUGACAGAAUUUCAAUAAGUAUUUCUCGGAUAAAUUGUAUUGGUUACUUGGACUUGUCAGAAAACAACUUGUUUGGAAAAAUUCCAAUAGGCACUCAGCUUCAAACCUUUGACUAUGCUUAUGGUGGAAAUCCUCUGCUUUGUGGAGAACCACUCCCAAGGACAUGCCCUAAGGAGGAAAAAGGUCCGGGACAAUCUGUGUUGGUGAAUGAAGACGACAAAGAUGGGCUCAUAACACAAGGAUUUUACAUCUGCAUGGGGCUUGGGUUUGCCAUUGGAUUUUGGGGAGUUUGCGGCACUCUUCUGCUCAAUAGGUCAUGCAGAUAUACGUACUUCAAUUUCUUGACCUUUCUGAACGAUUGGCUGUACGUGAAGGUAGAAAUCAUCAGGCAAAGGAUCCUUAAUAAAUAAAAGCGCAGGCACCUUUGAGACGAUAUGCUUCCCUUCAGUUGAAGAUGGAUGCGAUGAAGGACUCCUGUUUGUACUAGUUUUCGAGUAUUUGAGUGAUGAUAAGGGAUCUCACUGAAAUAAAGGAACCAUUUUAGUAUAUUUGUUGUGCUGUUAUUUGUAAGAACUUAACGGGAACUUCUUCCAUGAACUAUUUGGUAUGAUGUUCUUGUGUACCUCAUGGUGUAUGUUUUUUUCUUUCGCAAUGUAGGAAAUGUAGACGCAGAAUUGCCUUUUACUGUAUUGCUGUUAUGAAUAAAACAAUGGAAUUUGAGUUAACA